AUGGCGGUGGACAGCCGCAGCGGCAGAGAGAGGGGAGCUCUCUCCGGCCUUUCUUCCUCCUCUCUCCUCUUCCUUCUCCUCCUCGCAGGGUCUCUCCUGAUUCCGGUGGCCACGGUGGCGGUGGGCUCGGAGGACGGUAGGCGGCAGGAGCCCAACGCUGCGGAGAGAGCGAUGGGGGUAGGGGUGGCGACGACUGGCGGCGCUUGGGAGGCCUUCUGGUCGUGGGUCCGGCCGGGGGUGAUGAAGCUCCGACCGCUCACCAGAGCAGAGUAAGUAAGCAGCGGAAGGAAAAAUUAGGCCUUGAAAAUGGGAAUUUGGCGGGAUAUUAUUUUAACCAGUGGUUUCGAUUGCUGGUAUUUAUUUCUUUUUUCCCGUUCUUGAUGUGGAUCUUGGGAUGAAGGAUUCCGAGGAGCAGAUCGGCGACGAUGAAGGAGGCGGCGACGAGGAGCUUCCAGGCGGGCAAGUUGGCGGCGGAGGAGUCGGCCAAGUCGGCGGCUUGUGCGGCAGAGGCGGCCGUGGAGAAGGCAUCGGAGAAGGUGAAGAGGGCGGCCCGCGCCGCUUCCUCUGCCAUCGCCGGCGGAGAAGUAGAAGGCGACCUAUGA